AUGGUCAACUCCUGUUGUGGUUCUGUCUGCUCUGAGGAGGGCUGUGGCCAAGGCUGCUGCCGCCCCAGCUGCUGUGUGUCCAGCUGUUGCAGACCCAGCUGCUGCCGCCCCAGCUGCUGCCGCCCUAGCUGCUGCCGCCCCAGCUGCUGUGUGUCUAGCUGCUGCCGCCCCAGCUGCUGUGUGUCUAGCUGCUGCCGCCCCAGCUGCUGCCGCCCCAGCUGCUGUGUGUCCAGCUGCUGCAGGCCCAGCUGCUGCCGUCCCAGCUGCUGCCGCCCCAGCUGCUGCAUCUCCAGCUGCUGCCAGCCCUCCUGUGGUAGUUCCAGCUGCUGCAGUCCUUGCUGCCAGCCCUGCUGCCGCCCCUGCUGCCGCCCCUGCUGCUGUGUGCGUCCAGUCUGUGGUCAGGUCUGCUGCCAGAGUACUUGCUACCGCCCCACCUGUGUCAUCUCCACCUGUCCCCGCCCCAUGUGCUGUGCCACCCCUUGCUGCUGCUGA